AUGCAGAGAUCAACCAUGACCACAGACAAUAAUGCUCCGCCUCCAAAGAGCGGAAUCAAGCGUACAAGUUACAAGUCUGCUACCUAUCGCGGAGAUGGUAUCGCCGUUACCAGUGACAUCAACGGCCGAAGAAGAGCGCGAAAAGCCUGCGAGAACUGUCGCUCGAAGAAAACCAAAUGUGACGGAGAAUUUCCUUGCAACCGCUGUAAAGACCGAGGCCUCAUCUGCACCGUUGGGACCAAAAAGAGGAGAGAGUACAAAAAGAUGCCUGGGGUUUAUGCUGAAGUUCUUGAAGGCAACCAGCUGACCAUGGCUGCCGCUAUCCAGAGACCUUAUCGCAUGAUUCGCAGAUCGGAACCUUGGGAGCUUGACGAGCCCGGUCUGAAUGACAACGGUCAACCCAUCGUUCACAACAUUGCGCAGAUGCUUAGAUGCAUCCAUCCCGGCAGCGUUCAGCUUCUUAGCCAUCCAGUGUUAGCGGAAGAUGAGCCCACUGUGGCUGAGCUAGCUCGUUGGCUUGAAGAACGGCAACUUCACGAACUAGAGAUAUCAGAAUGGCUCGGCCCCGGCGCCACCUGUUCUGACUCUGCCGCCAGCGGGUUCAGUUCGGACAAUUAUGCUAAAUGUGGCGCCUCGCUUGACCUCGGCGGGCUCAGGGCUUCUUCACCGAAAGAUUACACAACAGCUCCCAGAGGCCACGAUACGAUUUUAAGCGACGCAGAAAGCCUCGCGAAUGUAACAGAUGCGACACUCCGUGAUACUUUUACCUUGAUGGAGCGCGCCGAAACCAGCAACCUCGGCAGUACCGGCCACUACUGA